UUUACAAUAAAUAACAUGGGCGGGUUGUGCAGUAUUUCGAUGACCUAGAUAUCACUUAAACGAUUGGAUGUCAUUUGCACAUCACACUGUCGCUGGAUGGGGAACUGAGUGAAGAGGCGCAGGCAGGCACACUGGAAAUGCCCUAACAAGUUAUUAUUGCGCAAGUGGUCUCCGAAAUAGGAAACUCUGAAACUGAGGGAAGCAUGAAAGUGUGACUGGAUGGUAAUGCUUAAAUCAGAAAACAUGGGGCUCUGUGUUGGAGUGCUGCACUGAUGAUUUGAACACAGUUUGUAGGUUUUUUACCUUUUGCAGCAGUUACUCUGGUUUCUGCAAGUGGGCAGUUGGGCAGCUUUUGGCCGUUUUUUAAGAGAGUUUCACCGCGCUGAGCUGAGGAAUAUUAAACAUGACUGUGGCCAAUGCAAAGUCUGGCAAAGCCAUGCAGCAGGUACUGGACAACCUGAAAGACCUGCCAUCAGACUCAGGAGCCAAAGAUAUUGACCUCAUCUUCCUCAGAGGCAUCAUGGAGAGCCCUAUCGUCCGCUCCCUUGCAAAGGCCCACGAGCGUCUCGAAGAAGUUAAGUUAAAAGCUGUGCAGGAUAAUAAUGUUCAGCUGGUCACAGAGAUCCUUGAUUCCCUCAAAAACCUGCCAGAAAAAGAUGCUGCCUCAGCUGAGCUUGUCAAGAUCCUUCAGGAUCCGCACUUUAAGUCUUUGGUAGAGGCUCAUGACAAAGUGGCUGGAAAGUGCUAUGAAAUGCCCCACGCUGCAGUGAACAACAGUGCCUUGUUGACAAGUUCACUCAUGCCAGCUGAUGCUGUAAGGAUGAUUGGCAUCCAGAAGAAAGCUGGAGAACCACUGGGGGUGACGUUCCGUGUGCAGCAGGGAGAGAUGGUGAUCGCACGCAUCCUGCAUGGCAGCUCGAUUGACAGGCAGGGAAUGCUGCACAUAGGGGACAUAAUUCGCGAGGUGAACGGUCGUGAGGUCAGUCGGAACCCUAAUGAACUCCAGGAGCUGUUGGGGGACUGCAGUGGGAGCAUCUCACUCAAGGUCUUGCCCAGCUACAGAGGCACACCAUCUCCACCACAGGUUUAUCUGAAGCCCCACUUUAACUAUAAUCCAGCCACAGACAACUUGAUCCCCUGUAAAGAGGCAGGCCUGGCCUUUUCCAAAGGAGACAUCCUUCAUGUAGUCAACAAGGAGGACCCCAACUGGUGGCAGGCACGCACAGUUGUUGGUGGAGCCACUGGUCUCAUUCCCAGUCAGUUUUUGGAGGAGAAGAGGAAAGCUUUUGUAAGAAGGGACUGGGAUACUUCUGGGACAGGGAUGCUCUGUGGUAUUGCGAAGAAAAAAAAGAAAAAAAUGAUGUACCUCACUUCAAAGAAUGCAGAAUUUGACCGUUAUGAGCUGCAGAUCUAUGAGGAAGUAGCCAAGAUGCCGCCAUUUCAGAGGAAAACGCUGGUUCUGAUUGGAGCCCAGGGAGUUGGGAGGCGGAGCCUGAAGAACAGACUUAUUGUCAUGAACCCACUGCGAUAUGGAACCACUGUACCCUUCACAUCACGCCGUCCGAGAGAAGAGGAGAGAGACGGCCAGAACUACUGCUUUGUGACAAGGGAAGAGAUGGAGAGGGACAUCAAGAACAGCCGUUAUCUGGAACAUGGCGAGUAUGAUGGCAACCUUUAUGGCACCAAUAUUGACUCUAUCCAUGAAGUGGUGAAUGCGGGCCAUACCUGCAUCCUGGACGUCAACCCUCAGGCCCUAAAAGUGUUGAGGACUGCUGAAUUUAUGCCAUUUGUGGUGUUUAUCGCUGCUCCUGAACUGGACACACUAAGAGCUAUGCACAAAGCUGUUAUAGAUGCUGGACUUACUACCAAACUACUCACGGAAAACGACUUGAAGAAGACUGUGGAUGAGAGCGCCAGGAUCCGACGAGCAUACAGCCACUACUUUGACCUGACUAUUGUCAACGACAAUCUGGACAAGGCCUUUGACCAACUGCAGGAGGUGGUAGAGCGAUUGUUCACAGAGCCGCAGUGGGUUCCAGUCAGCUGGGUCUACUGAUGUUUUACACCCUACAAGACAGACAUGGCUGUCCCAGCUGCUAGGCUUGGGAUGGAAGGGGACACCUGAAGGGACGUAGGAUUCAACACUGUACUCCACACAUGGA